CCUCUCGCGAGACCACCACAUUCGUAUCCAUCCCCGCUCGUCGGGGUCUUCAGCUCGUCAAUGUCGCCUCUGACAGGAACAUACCGGCUAUGGCGAGCGCUAGGCGUUACAGAAAACUUCGAUCCUGCAUGCAAACUUGUCACAUCUCCCUUGUUUUCUCCUCUCGUCCUCGCCGGGUUUAGGUUAUUGAUCGCGUUGUAUACCCUCAUUACGCUUUGUAUAACGGUGGCUUUUGCCUCUGAAGACGGAGCCGGUGAUAGCUACUUCUCGUACUUCACCCAUCUCUCCUAUAUCGGACUAUGCUCUUGGUUUUGGGCCUCUGGCAUCCAGACACUUAUUUUUGGGAUACGUGCUGGUUCUGGGAAUAGGGCAUACCCCUUACAGACGUGGCCGCGCAUUCUCCAGUUUUUGCAUAUGCUACUCUUUUCGACAAUAAUUGUAUACCCCAUCAUAACUACCGCUGUCUUUUGGAGCCUGCUCACCUCCUCGACCACCCUUUCUGGGACAGUCAAUGCAUGGACAAACAUCUCCGUUCACGCACUCAAUACCGCACUUGCCGCAUUCGAAAUCUUCCUCACGAACAUGCCGCCAACGCCCUACUUGCACGUCGUCUUCCUCGUCAUUCUCUUAGCAUUCUAUCUCGGCGUCGCCUACAUCACCUUCGCGACCCAAGGUUUCUACGUAUAUGACUUCCUCGAUCCUUCCGAACAAGGCGCCCUCCUCGCAGCCUACAUCGUCGGUAUAGGAGCGGGCUGUGUCGUCGUAUUCCUCGUCACCCGCAACUUAUGUCUCGCUCGUCAAAAGAUCGUGGCAAGAUUCCUUCCGCAAAGUCAACCAGCAACGGCGGAGGUAAUGGAAGUGAAGGCACUGAGGAGACCUUAUCGGACAGAAAACGUCUGAGUCUCCGAGGGUUGUAACUCAGUAUCAGGGCGAUGCCAAGGUCUCUCGGACUUGUGGCGGGUUAUUUAUGUUCUGCGGGAUCAUGCUAAUGUGGGUUGUAAUCAAGAGCUGGCAGUGAUCUUAUGCUAUAUAAGAGACGAACUGAGACCGGUCAGGCGACGUGGCGCCAUCACGGUCAAUGGGUGGGUGGGUGGAUGAGUGAGGCUGAUGUCUGUUGAUUCGCUGACUGGACACCUCGCGGUACACUGUGACGAGCCCGAUGUGGACUUCAAAUCAUCCAUGGAUCUGAUCAGACCGCCUAACUUUAUGGAAAAGUGCGCUUGUAUUCACGACAAGAUCGUAAUGGCCAAAUGGGUGGCGUACCUGGUGUGGCGUGGGACCGGGUUGCCCCGAAGGUAAGGUUGGGACUUGUAUCGGUGUACGCUGCGUGGAGGUGUGCCCCGCAGGACCCAGUGAUACGCUGAGAAUGACACACGACUCGGGAAAACUCACCAUCAAUUCCUCUCAGAGUAAAUCCUUGCUCGAAAAGGAUGACGUUUCAAGCUGUUACUACGAAGAUUGACGCGAUCAUAGAAACCAUGUUAAAAAAAAACUCGCAGUCCAAACUCAGCGAGCUGGCUAUUCCUGUCCACGAAGCUCGGGUCUGCGUAAAGGUGUCAAAACGUAUACACUGACAGCGAUCUUGUCACCUUCGAUGUUGGUUGAAUCCCGCUAUCGAAAUCGGAAGGAUGCUUAGUCCGAAGACCUCAAUCCACCCACAUGGAAGGAAGGAGGGAAGGUUUAUUCAGUAUCAACCUCCGACACGACCAGUGCGACAUUCCUUGCAUACUGUCCAUCGCAACUUACCUGUGCUCACGAUUCAGUCCGCUGGCUGUCUUUGAUGGGUUUUUUACUGCCGGUGCACCGCAGCCAGAGGAUGUAACGCUGUCAUCUCCUGCAUAUUCC